AUGGUCAUUAUAGGUCAGGCUGGGCGCUCUUCGAACAAACGAUUUGGAUGGAGCUUUCGUCGUCGGACUGCUGGUUCUUCUGCUCAAACGCUCACUGCACAAAAUAUACCCUCCAGCACUGGACUUGUUCACCAUCCUCAUCAACACGCCAACCAACACCGCCAUCUCGUCCAUUCGCCUAGUGCAAGCGCAGCAACUUCUUUGCUGGCGCCAUCAUCAUCUACACUAUGUGGUAUGGCUGACUUUUCCUCUUCUCAUCAAGCCUCAACUUCUCCCUUUUCAUCACACCUGCCUUCGGUGGUCCCAUCACAUAACAAUAUCUCAUCGCUUUUAGAUGUAUCACCGGGUUCUGGUAGCAAUCUAUCUUCACCACUAGGACCUGGAAAUGUAUCCCCUAUUUCCCCCAUCCAUGUGGCAAAUUGCAAUCUGAAGGCAAUGUCAGUCGGAAAUGGUCGAAUGAUUCCAGCCUCUUAUUUACAGGCCACUUCUGUGAAAGAGAAGACAUUGAAUCCGUUAUGGAAUGAAGUGUUUUGGUUGUAA